GUUUCACUUGUUUUACAGAAGUAAAAUAAAUUUCAGAGCUGAUUUUCAGCACAGCGUUUCAGAGGAGGAAAUAUUUUGAACUAUUUUUUGAGCAGUCGGUGAAGAAAGAUGGCGUCAGUUAAACAGCUGCUUUAUGACACACUGGAUGACCUGGAAGAAGAACAUUUGAAGAGAUUUAAGAGCUUCUUAAGAGAAGAUGGACCUAUUCCGGCUUCUGUACUGGAGAAGGCUGAUGCAACAGAUACAGUGGAUCAGAUGCUGGAUCGUUUUGGGCCAGAAAGGGCUGUGAAUACCACUCUUGAUAUCCUGAAAAAGAUUACCCAGAACAAUCUUGCUGAACAGUUAGAGAACAAACACAUGGAAGUCAAGAUCAUCAACUGUGCUCAGACUGGAUUUGAUCUCAACAAUGAAACAGGUGCAGAAAUAAAUGUUGCAUAA